UUAUUUAGAGGUUAGAAUUUUAUUUUGGUAUAAGACACGAUUAGUACAAAUGCAAAUCAACUAUGGAUCAAUAAACAAAAUUUUUGCAUGCUAUUACAAGUGCCCUUUCCUAAUUUUCGGUGAAAGAUAAUAAUGUAAUGGGCCAAUUAUGUUAAGAGAGAAUUUAGGAAUAUAAAAGCAGAAAUCUAUUCAAUGUACACAUAACCUGGAUGGAAUCAGAAAAUGACGCGGCACAGUAAAUUAUGGAUUUAAUUCGGUACAUUACACCUCGAUACGAGGGCAAGGGAAAAGAAGGCCCUAUUCGGGCUAUAUUUUUCUGCGAAUUUCAUCAUACUAUGGGGCCUAUAAUUUCUUGUCAGGUUCCCGAAAACUUUAUAUCUAAAGAAUUAUUUGAUAGUAUUAAUGUUUACAUUAUAACAAAGGCAGAUCUACAAAGAAGCACCAUCACCGUAACCUUAGAAAAUUACAAGAUUUUGGGAUUUCCUGUCCGAAUUGACAAUAAAAAAUAUGCUAGAAAUGCCUUUCUGUUUAAUUUGUGCUUUGUUUGUGAUAGUGAUGCCAGAACUGUUCAAUAUGAAACUGUCGUUACAAAGUUUUCAGAAUAUUUAUUGGGGAUGGAAAUGGAAUGUUGCUUUCUCUCAAGUAGAAAUUCAAGCAGUAACCUAAUGCCAGUUUUGCAGAAAGUUAUGAAUGACUUAAAUAAUAAAGGAGAAUGUGCGUUAACUGAAGGUCCAAUGGCAACUUACCUAAAAGUUUGCCAGAUACGUAAAGAUCCCCAGGUGGUCCUGGAGCAUCAAGUACCAAUUUUCAUAAAAACAUUACCCGAAAUGCAUUGGGACCUAACAACUCAACAAGUAGCACCUUACAUUGAUGGUUACAAUCAUGUGGCAAAAAUAGCUUGUCUGGCAGAUGUGGACACCAAUAUUGUUAAAGCUUGUGUUCAGAACUUAUUGUAUUAUGAUGUAGUCGCCUUAAUUCCUGUAUUUAUGUAUGGAAAUGUGUAUUGUGCAACUUCAAAAUUAAAAUUUUUAGCACAAGAUAGUGAAUUACAGUUCAGGUGUCUGCAUUAUGUGGCGCGAUCUCAACGUCAGUUGCCAAUACUUCGAGAUGUGUUUCGUAUGUAUGCGUCAAUGAGCCGAGGCACUAAAAUCAAAGAUCUUUGCUUAAGGUUUAACUUUUACAAUUUGCGUGUGAAUGAGCGGAAAUUAGUGCAAUUUGGUAUACUCGAAGGAAUAAUAAGGCGAGUACACAAGUUCCCGGUGAUACUCUGUGAUCAGCCCGAAUUGCGGGAGUGUUUUUCUGGCCUUCACACUGUAGAUGAAAUCUGCUGUGCCGUGGGAGCUAGCGCCCAACAAUUAGACGAUCAACUUGAUAAAGAUCAUAACGCCAUCGUUCUGUACAAAUGAUUUAUUGUAUUUUGUAGAAAAUCCCACAAUUGUUUUAGUUUGUUAUGAAAGAUUAAUUAUAUUUUUUA